AUGUCCAACCAAUCCACCCCUAGGAUUCAAACUCCCAUCCAAGAUGAGGAUGUACUAUUCUAUAAACCAAUCUUUGAAUCUACCCCGUUGCUGCAUCAGCCAUCUGAGAGGUCAUUAUCACCCCGCGAAAUACCUGAUCAAUCAAAGCUGCGAAACGGACCACCCCCACAGCUGAAUUCCCUAGUUCUGAUAGCUGAAAUCUCACCUGCAACAUCUAAUCGUUCAAUCGAAGAACAAAUCGAUCUCAGAUUAGCAUCGUCAAACAACCCCACAAUUGUUAUGGAACUUGAUUUGGAUGGGAACAUACGAUAUAUCAGUAAAAGCUGGGAAUAUAUAGUAGGAACAAACAUCCGCAAGAUUAUCAAUUGUCCAAUUUCAAAAAUCAUCAUUGGGAAUAAUGAUGAUGAUUUCAAAGUGUUCAAUAAUGCCAUUGAUCAAAUGAUCAAAGAUGACGGUAGUUAUAAAGUAAAGUUUAUAACUGCAACCAAUAAUGCUCCUCGCAUGGAACCAAGUGAACUGAUGAAACAAGAACAAGAAAUGUAUAAUGAUUUGAAACGACUUCUAAGUAGACCUGGAGACUUAGAUAACGAUAAUCAGCAAGAAAUUAAUAUGACGCCUCCGAAUUCGGCAGUGGAAUCUGAAGCUGAAUCCGAAAUUGAAUUACCUGUGGAAGACUAUAUUCCAGGCUAUAUAAGAACUGGUUCAAGAGCCAUUAAAAUCCAGGAUGGAGCUGAACAAAGCAGUCUAGGCUCACAAGAAGAUACAUUAAGUCAGCUAAGCUCAACUUUAUCAAACGAUGGGGGUAUAAUAGAAUUAGAAGCCCAAGGUAUAUUAAUUCACGAUGCCAAGACAAACUUACCUAGUCAUUCCAUGUGGACAAUCAGACCAUUUCAACACAUUGAUUUGGACUUGACUUUACCUAAUGCUUUGAUAGAUUUACUAGGGUUUGGGUCAGAGAUAUUCGAAGGAUAUUUACUUAAUUUAAAAGAGUUGGCUAUCAUUGAUGAGGAAUCAGUGCCACAACCCAAGACUGUUUUAUGUAGGAUUUGUGAAGCAUAUUUCCCUGCAUGGUUUAUUGAGAAACAUUCUGAUUUGUGUAUUUUGGAACAUCGAGCCAAGGAAAACUUACAACAAUGUCAUGAUGCUAUAAGUGAACAAAGAGACUUGGUCCUUAAGAUUAUCGAGAGUUUAGCACAGCAACAUGCACGUCUGCAACUGGGUAGCCAGCAAUCAUCAUCAGAAUCAAUAUCUCCAACAUCCUCGAUUUCUACCCUUUCGUCAUCGUCUUCAUUGUCAUCCUCAGAAACUCCCUCACCUGUGAUUUAUGAUUAUAAAGGGAUUCCAUUACCUAUUGUUGGAGAUAUUGCAAAUGCGUCACCAAGUUUAGCUAAUCAAGUAUUGACCAAGAAUUUCCAAGCCAGGAGCGGAAGUUUAAUUCAGUCGAGAAAGUUUCCAUUUGGGAUACUUCAAAAAGUAGUUGAUAUAUGCGAUGAUGCAUUACUAGUGAACCCACCAUCAAAUAAUGAAGAACAUGUUCUUGAGUUUUCGCCCAGCUCAGAAAAAGCAUUGAACAAUGUCAUUGCUAGGCCAAUCCUAGAAACAUCAGAUUUUGCAAUCAAACAAAUCAUUGAGGAUACACAAGCGUUAAUUGAUAAUAAAAUGGACACACUUUCUCGAUUGAUUUCGAUUUUGCAAUACAUGGAUAAGAUAAACAAGGAAGUAGAUGAUUUAGUAUUGAAAACAGUUCGAGAAACAGUGACAAAGAUAAAAGAACAAACCAUUAGUGAGAUUGACCAAGAGCCGCCUAGAGUAUCUACUCCUGAUAUCAUUCAUUUAGAUCAAUCGCUGACUAUGCCUUUACGUCCUCUACCAGUUCCAGUAUCAAACCACAUCAUUCAAGCACCUAGACCAUCGAAAAGUAGAGCAAGUCCUGCCUCAGAGUUAUUCCUGCUGCCAUUUGAAAGCGUUGUUACACCAAGAGAUAUAUUGCUUAGUAGAGAGCAUUCAAAACGACACAGUGAGAGUAAUCAUUCCGUGUCCUCCGCAUCACCCAUGUCAAUUAGUCAUCCAAGUUCUAAGUUGGGCCAUCAUCACUCAGAUCACUCACUGAGGAACAAUUCACGGGACUUGUUGGAAUCAAUUCAAAAUCUAGACCUAUCCAAGAAAUCUUCAGAAAACAAUUCAUCCUUCUCAUCACCACGAAGACAUUUAUCACCUGCUCCAUAUGUUGAAAAGCUGAAUUUAACAAGUUUGCAAAAGAACACAGCUAGUUCGAGAUACACUCCAGUAUCGUCACCUAUGAUUACUCACGAUGAAGGAGGUGAUCAUAAAAAGAUCACUAAGCUAUCACUAACAACCACCGACGCAUAUGGAUCGACAAUGCCAAUAACACCUCAACUGGUAUCAAUGCAAAAGAUGACGGCACCAUUGUCGCCAUUGUUAGUUUCUUCAACCGCGCUGUCAAAACCUAUCAGUGGAGGAGGAGUUCGUGAUUAUGAAGUGAUCAAACCCAUUAGUAAAGGUGCAUUUGGGUCCGUUUUUCUUGCUAAACGCAAGCUUACGGGUGACUAUGUAGCCAUUAAAUGUUUAAGGAAACGAGAUAUGAUUGCCAAGAAUCAAGUUCUUAAUGUGAAGUCUGAGCGGGCGGUAAUGAUGCGACAAACUGAUUCGCCUUAUGUUGCUCAAUUGUAUUGUAGUUUCCAAUCUCGUGACUAUCUUUAUUUAGUGAUGGAAUUUUUGAUUGGUGGUGAUUGUGCUAUGUUGAUUAAGAAUUUAGAAGUUGUUGGUUUGGAAUGGUCCGCGAGGUAUAUUGCGGAGAUCAUUGUUGGAGUUGAUGACUUGCACAAGCGAGGUAUUAUUCAUCGUGAUUUAAAACCAGAUAAUAUUUUAAUUGAUAAAGAUGGGCAUUUGAAAUUGACGGAUUUUGGGUUAUCUAGAUUAGGGGUUGUUGGAAGACAAAAUACCCAUAGAAAGAGUAGCACUAAUGAUCAAGGAAUUGAAUUAUUUAGAAGCACUUUGAGUGUGGAACCCGGUUUACAUGAAUUCCAUCAUAAGAGAACAAGUUCAGGAACUCCAUUUACGUUGUCCCCAACUAUUGAACAUGCUAAAUUGAACACUAUUAAUAAUCUCAACACCAUAAAUAAUAUACAGCAGCAGCAUGCAUUACAGCAUCAACUAAGUUCACCAACAUUAUCAUUCAUGGAAGCAUUUAGUGGAACAUCUCCUUCAACACCAGGUCUGCUGACAUUGGCUACUCCUAUAGGACCAAUAUUCCCCUUGCCUGCACCUCCACCACCAGGGGCCUCACAUUCAGGGUCGCUCUCAAACAUAUUUCCUCACAGAAGCUCGUUAUUGAAGGGUCGUUCGAAUUCUAGUGGCUUGGAUUCUCCGGUAUUGAAACCAAUUAUUCCUCGCACGUCCUCAGAGUCAUCAUUUGCUAUCCUUGAUGAAGAUUACAGCCACGGAGGAACAGGAUCAGGUUCUUCUUCGUCCGCUACAGGGUUUGGACCCAUUACAACAAUGGGAAACCAAACUGGGGUCAAUUAUGCAUUAUACGAUCCUCAAAAUGAGCACGAAUUCAAGAAGUUUGUAGGUACCCCCGAUUAUUUGGCUCCAGAAACUAUUGAAGGUAUAGGACAAAGUGAAGCGUCUGAUUGGUGGUCGAUUGGAUGCAUCUUGUUUGAGUUUUUAUAUGGAUAUCCCCCAUUUCAUGCUGACACUCCCGAUCAAGUAUUCCGGAAUAUUCUUGAGUGUAAAAUCGAUUGGCCCGGAUUACCACCUGAAGAAGAUUUGAAUUUUUGUUCACCGGAGGCCAAGGAUUUGAUUAUUAAAUUAUUAACUCUAGAUCCCCAUGAGAGAUUGGGGUAUCAUGGUGCCGAGGAGAUCAAGUCACAUCCAUUCUUUAAGGAUAUUCAUUGGGACACGUUAUUUGAAGAACCAGCUCCAUUUGUACCUAUUGUUGAUGACCCUGCCCUGACUGAUUAUUUCGAUCCUCGUGGUGUGGGCGUGGUUCAAUUCCCUAAGGAUGAUUCCGACACCGAUGAUAACAAAAGUGAUGUUGAACGUGAAGGCGGAACUUUUGGUGAUGUGGUUCAUCGAAGUAGUAUAAAUACCAAUAAUAGUGGUGAAUCCCCUGGUGGGUCGUUUUCGGUUCCAGGAACGGGACAUAGUGGUGGUAGUAGUGGUAGUGCUGGAAUAGGGAUUCAAUUCAAGAAAGAGAGAAGAAGCAGUCGAUUAGCUGAUCCAGGUGAAUUUGGAUCGUUCCAUUUCAGAAACUUGUCAGUUUUGGAAAAGCAGAACAAAGAUGUGAUUAAUAGGUUAAAAACAGAACAUUUGGAACAUCGGAAUAGUUUUUCGUCAAGUUCAUCUGAUUCACCCAAGUUACGCUCCCGAGGGUUCUCCUUUGGCGGUAUUGGCAGUGGUGGCACUGUUCCAGGAUCAGUAUCAGGUAGUAUUGGGUCGGGUUCCGGUGUUAUGUCAGGAAGUCCAUUCAAGAGACCGGUGUCACCAUCAACUCCUCAUUCAUUAAGUCUCGGUUCUCCUGCAGGUGCUCCAGGUGGUGGUAGUGUAAGAUCAGCUCUGCCUAAUCGAAUAUUUGAUUCACCUGUCACCGGAGGCAAUGUAGGAGUGGGAAGACAAGAAAGAAUUGCAUCUGCUGUAAGUACGUACUCCCUGGGUGAUGAAGGUAUGGCUGGAAGUGCGAAUGGCAGUGGAAGUGAAGAGAAGUUGAGAUCUUCAAGUAUGGCUAUCAGCAAACAUUCUUCAUUACUUCGAGAUUUGAAUUCACCAUUGACUUCCGAUAAUGAAGAAAGUUCUAACGCCUUGUUCCGGGUGCAACAACGUAGAAAACGAGAGAAUUCAAGAAUGGAUAAUGAUUCUAUUUCAAUAGCGAAUGAAUUGGAUGUUCUUUAUUGUGAACCUAUCCUGGUUGUUCGCCAUAGUGUGGUUAAGUUACUUGAACGCGCAGGAUGUAUUGUUGUAUCUAUAACUGAUGGUGAGGAGUUGGUUAAAAGAGCCACAUCUCGUGUUAAAUUCGAUUUGAUAUUCACAGCAUUGAAAUUACCUCACGUAGAAGCUAUUGACGGGGUUAAAUUAAUCAAGUUUACAACGGGGAAGAACUCCCAGAGUCCAAUUGUGGCCGUGACUGGAUUCCCUGAAGAAGCUAAGGAAUCGGGUGUUUUCGAUUAUAUAAUUACCAAGCCGGUUGAUUUUGACCAGGUGCAAAGAUGUAUUAAUAAGUUCACUAACGAAGUGGCCAUAUUGGAUGAGUAG